CGUGGAAGUCAAGAAGGGCUGAAAAUCCAUUUUCCAGCCCGAAUAUUACAGUGGGAUGGUGAGGCUGAUGUCGGACAAAUGAUCGCGAUGUUAGUUCCUAUGACGGGCGUCGAACAAAUGAUCGCGAUGUUGGUGGUCGUACGUCGAACAAAUGAUCGCGAUGUUGAUGUUCGUACGUCGAACAAAUGA